CGCUUAAACAAUUUAUUAAUAUAUUAUAACAAAAGUUCGUCACACACUUUGUUUUAUUAUUUGAGUAGAGUAAUGGGUGACGUUCCUGGGCCGUCUACAGCUCCUUACUUCAAUCAAAGGAAGGCAACAGAGAAUUUCUCCCGACUGUGUCAGCUGAUCAUGACAAUCUGUAGCGACUUGUUCAGGGACAUUCUAAGUCGUUACAUCAAACCAGCUGACCUGAGGUCAGAGCUGGACAACAAUAGCACAAGGCUGGAGAGAAUCAUGAACGCUCAACAGAAAGAACAGAUCUAUCCGGCGUCCGGUUCAGUAACAUUGACUGCUAAAGACUUGGACAUCUCUGUAUUGUAUAUUAUAUUGAGGAAUAUCUGUAACAUACCAAAACAUCGAGCAGGUUGGGGUAAUCCUCCUCUAAAUGGUGAUAAAAGAUUAUCGGCCUGUAUAGAAAGGAUCAGAAUCCAAAGAAAUUUAAUCUCCGCUCAUUCUGUCACUGCUGCUGUGGAUGACAUAAUGUUUCAAGAGCACUGGGACGAAUUGAAAGACGCCAUUAUAGAAAUUGAAAAACAGUGUGUCGGCGGGGACAUGUAUGAGAGAGGCGUUAACGAGUUAUUAUCUUGUGAUCUUAACCCAGGCAGAUCAAAACUGUAUGUUGCGGAAUUCAAGAAAUUUCAAGAAAAUAUGCAGAUAAAACAAGAGAAAAUUGAAUGUCUUGAAAGUGAGACCAGGACAGCAAAACGUAAAAUAGCUGUCAAGAAAAAGGAGAUUAAAAAGCUAAAGAGAACUACAUGUAGAGCUGACAUGAAAAUUAACAGAGUUGAAAAAACCAAUACACUACUUUAUCAACGGAUACAUGAUAACAAGAGAUACAUUGAUGACCAGCUAAAUUUUAAAUUUCAAGAGCAUGAACAGAUACUUCUCUCAGCCAUGCAAGGUACAAAUUAG